AUGGCACAGUAUCAUCCUUAUUGGCAUCAGUAUUUAUAACAUAGACAAGAAGCUCAAAUCACUCAGGUUUCUUCAGUUUACCCAGGAACCCGCAGAAUCGAUGCAAUCACUAUUGAAGUUCCUUUGAAUAUUCAUGGUCCUACCCUAUAUCUACAAUGGUAAACUCCAUUCAGCCGUCUUCCUCAGAAUUUUCCUAUGGCAGCUCCUCAGAUUUUUGUUAUGAGCACAGUAACCCACCCCUUACUAGACUCCACUAUGAGAGUGAACCACGAUUACUUAGUCCGCUGGAAUCAGCAAAGCACAAUUUUCAACGCAGUCAAUAUCGUCCAUCAAGAAUUUCUAAAAUCUCCUCCUACUGUGAUUGCAAAUCCCAAGCAAACUCAAAUAACUGAUCCUAGAGCGACUGUGGUGGAUUUUACAGACAGAUUAAGCGCCUUAACCUCUGCUGAGCUUUCUCAGCUUAGUCAAGACGAUAUGAUUGCAAUAGUGAAAAACUACCCAGGACUGAAGGAAACUGUAGACCAAAAUGCCAGGACUACCGAAAUCUGCAACCAAUUGGCCCUAGAAAAUUUGACGAUUUCUGAAGAGGCCUCAAAACUUAAAGCUGAGUAUGACCAAUUGAGACAAAUUUAUAUAACAAACAGAGACCAAAUAAGAAGGGUUGGCGGUGAAAAUUCAGCAGGAAUUAAGGAUGAAGGAGCCUAUAAAAGGGAAAUCCAAAGACUGCUAGAGCAGCAGGAAAGGGAAGUUAGGGAUGUCGAAACAAGGAUUGAAAGAGAGUUUGAUCCAAGCUUGCUUGAGGAUUACGUCAAAGCUGCAACGCAUUUCCAUAUGAUAGACAAUAUAAAAGCAAAGCUUAAUGCAUAA